GUCCUGAUAGAAAGGGACUGGGUCUCUUUUGGACACAAGUUCUCCCACAGGUAUGCUCACCUGGACGGAGACCCUAAAGAGGUGUCCCCGGUCAUAGACCAGUUCCUGGAGUGUGUGUGGCAGCUGUCGGAGCAGUUCCCCUGCGCCUUCCAGUUCAACGAGCGCUUCCUCAUCGCCGUGCACGUCCACGUGUACUCCUGCCAGUACGCCAACUUCCUGGGGAACAGUGAGAAGGAGCGCCGGGACAUGAGGCUCCGUCAGCGCAGUCAUUCAGUCUGGCCUGACCUGUGGAAGGACCGGGCCCAGUACACCAACCCUCUGUUCCAGGCCGAGCAGAGCCAGAGUCAGGGGGUCCUGAGGCCCAACACCUCCCCCUACUGCUUCAA